GCGCCUGCUCAGACCCGAGCAAUCGAGCGCGGAGUACGGCCCGCUCCGCUAGGCCCGACUAGCUGCCCGCCGAACGCCCGUCCAACUUGUAGCCACGCGCCGGGCGUUCGCGCCGCAGACUGCGCCUGCAGGAGGGUCAUGGACUUGGGCUGGAAGAAAAUUACACCUUCAUCGUCUCUGCGGGAAGCGGCGUUUUCUUCUCUGACGGACGUGCAGUGUCAGCAGUGACCAAAACCGAGUCGUGGUGUCAGGCCCUGGAGGUAAAAGCCAGAGAUGGACCUGGUGAGACUUGCCCGGCUCUUCUCCAGCCCCCGCCCCCUGGGACUGUCCAUCCUACAACACCUUGACCCUCUCAGAGCCAGGUGGGCAGGAGGUAGGGAAGGGCCUGUGUGGCUGAGGUCCAUGGGACUGACCGGGCCAAUACCAGCAGCCUUCAGCAGCUCCCUCUCUCAGCUGCCCCUCAACCAGGGGAGCCAGAAGAACAUUCGCAGCCUCAGCUCUGACCCACGCCAGCCCAGCCCCAUGGCCACCCAGGAGGAAGAGGAGGAAGAGAGUUUUGGGACUCUCUCCGAUAAAUACUCCUCCCGGAGAAUGUUCCGCAAAUCGACGGCCCAGCUGUAUAACCUACGGCUCAGGGAGCAAGAUGAAGAAGAUGAUGAACGGGAGCUGGAGCCAAAAUCAUGGCAGGGCCGAAGAAACACCCCUUACUGGUACUUCUUUCAGUGCAAACGCCUGAUCAAGGAAGGAAAGCUGGCUGAGGCCCUGGACCUGUUUGAGAGGCAGAUGCUGAAGGAGGAGCGACUCCAGCCCCUUGAGUGCAACUACACGGUGCUGAUUGGGGGCUGUGGGCGGGCUGGCUACCUGAAGAAGGCUUUCCAGCUCUACAACGAUAUGAAAAAGCGGGACCUGGAGCCCUCUGAUGCCACCUAUACAGCCCUGUUCAAUGUCUGCGCCGAGUCCCCCUGGAAGGACUCCGCUCUGCAGAGUGCCCUAAAGCUACGGCAGCAGCUCCAGGCCAGAAACUUCCAGCUCAACUUGAAAACAUAUCACGCCUUGCUGAAGGUGGCAGCCAAGUGUGCAGACCUUAGGAUGUGCCUCGAUGUAUUCAAGGAAAUUGUUCACAAAGGACAUGUGGUCACAGAGGAGACCUUCAGCUACUUGCUCGUGGGCUGCAUCCAGGACAAGAAGACAGGCUUCCGACACGCCUUGCAGGUGUGGAGGCAAAUGCUGCGUCUGGGGCUCCAGCCAAAGCGGCAUGGCUACAACCUGCUGCUGGGGGCAGCUCGGGACUGCGGCCUGGGGGACCCAGAAGUAGCCUCAGAGCUGCUCCUGAGACCCAGGGAAGAGAUGGUGCUGCUCCAGCCCCGGGCAGGUGGGCGGCAGGCAAGGAGGAAAGCCCAGGCUGGGACGGUUGACAGCAUGUCAGCCAGGCUGCACGUGGAGACCCUGGAGAGACAGUUGUUUCUGGAACCUUCUCAGACACUUGAAAGGCCUUCAGAGCCUCAGGAGGACAGAGUCCUCAGCAAGGCCCAGCCUGAGAUGGAAACCAAAGUGGAUCCUGAUCACACUGUGGCCCUUGCCUCUGUGGCCUCGGAGCCGUCUCCCCAGGAGCUGGAGACUAACCUCCUGACUCUGGGGCCAGUCCCCCCGGCUGUGGUCUCCUUUGGGACCGUGACCACGUCAGCAGACAGGCUGGCUUUGAUGGGGGGCCUGGAGGGCUUCCUGGGCAAGAUGGCAGAGCACGGACUCCGGCCUGACAUCAAAACCCUCACGCUUCUGGCUGAGGUGGUAGAUCCUGGGAGCCCUGCCGAGUUCUCACUGCUGACUGUCCUGGACACAUACCAGGUGGAGGCCGAUGUGACAUUCUUCAACACUCUGAUGAGGAAGAAGAGCAAGCUGGGUGAUCUGGAGGGGGCAAAGGCGCUGCUGCCAGUCCUGGCAAAGAGGGGAAUUGUCCCCAACUUACAGACAUUCUGCAAUUUGGCCAUUGGAUGCCGUAGACCACAGGAUGGUCUGCAGCUGCUGGCAGACAUGAAGAAAUCCCAGAUGACCCCCAACACCCACAUCUACAGCACCCUCAUCAAUGCGGCCCUCAAGAAGCUGGACUACACCUAUCUCAUCAACAUCCUGAAGGACAUGAGGCAGAACAGAGUUCCAGUGAAUGAAGUCAUCAUCCGCCAACUGGAGUUUGCAGCCCAGUACCCACCCACCUUUGACCGGGAAUCUGGAUGUCUUCGAUGCUUGGAUAGGAAUAAGAGGGGAAUCAAGGAAAGCUCCACAGUGUGUGGCCUGAGAAGGGAAGCAGCUUUGAGGUGGGUUAAUGAGGAUUUAGUUCUGGACCUGUUAAGUUUGAGAUGUUUUAAAAUAUCUAAAUGGGGCCCAUCCAAUAGGUAGUUGGUAUAGUCUAGUGUGGCAUCAAGACUGGAGAAGACAUUUGGUCACCUGGGUAGAGUUGGCUGGAUGAGAACAUUGGGGAAAGGUGGGAGCAUGACGCCAUCCUGGAAGUGAAACCUUCCUAUGCUUUGAAUCUUCUCUCAAUCUUUUAAUCAUAGCAUCACCUACAUUUUAAAAAUCCCUUUUUGGACCCAUUUUCACAAGAUCAUGUGAAUAUUCUUUUUUUCCCUUUUAAAAAUUUUUUUUCUUUUUAAUAGAGAGAAAGGAGAAAGAAACAUUGAUCAGUUGUCUCCCAUAUAAACCCUGACCAGUGAUCAUGAAUCUGUAACCUAUGUGUGUGCCCAGACUGGGAAUCAAACCCAUAACCUUUUGGUGUACUGGACGACGCUCCAGUGGACUGAGCCACUGGCCAGGGCAAGAUGUGAUCAUUCUUGGAUAUCGUUUUGUACAGGUUCACACACAAAGGGGAAGGCAGCUUUCGGUGGGUGACGUGGAGUCUCGUCACUAUGAGAAUAUGAGAAGCCAGAGGUAGGGGACAUGGUGCCAUAGUCUAGACUUACAUUUUUACGUCUUUGCUAAUGUCAAAAACUGCCCAUUAACUUCAAAACCUGGCAACACUUCUUUUAUAGUACUAUUAUUUAAAAGUCUAAUUAAAUGUUUAGUAUGCAAGUGUUAUGCUCGAUUUGCAACUAGUUUAAAGUCCUUAUAAAAACAAAGUUAUUUACAAGUCUCAGUUACAGUUCAUAGAGAAAAUGUCUUUGUCAAAUCCCCAUAAAACCCUCUGCCACACAUAAUUUCCACCACCUCUGCCCCUUAGUCCCUUUUUUGUGGGGGACUUACAGGGCAACAGUGGCUAUACACAAACUUGAGUAAUGAGCUAAGAGACAUAUGAAGAGCUGAGAAGUUGUACUGAGCUAGGAAAUACUGGGGACAAACAAAGAGAAAACAGAAACUUUCCUUCCUAAGUAACAGUGCCAACUGCUCCAGUAAGUGUGAGUGGUUCUGUUAAUGGCCCUCAGAUCAAGAGAACAGGGCUGGUAAUGCCACUGGCUUUGUGCCUCUUUGCCAAAGGCCACACGUGGCCUAGAAACACUGCCACAGAUUCCACAGGCAAAACUUGCACUGGAGGCUACAAAAUGGAAGCUGGCAGGCUUUGUUUGGCUCCUCCCAAAAAAUACUUCUUUAUGUUUGAAUUUUAAAUUAGGAGAGUUCAAAUAAAAUAGCUGGAUUUCUGGCUUCUCUUGAAGGGUUGGAAAUGCUCAGCCUGUAUUCAAAAUGGUAAAAUGGGCUCGAGGUAAGUAGCAGCCUCUGCCCCUCCCCAGUCUGCCACAUCCCCAGAGCUUCCUCCCUAUGGUGCCCAACACUGAAGCCAAGUCUGGUACCACCUGGCAUCCACUCUGCUUUCUUUAUAGUGGAAGUAAAAGUAAAGUGGGAAAGCAAAGAAAUGCUGAAGGGCAACAUGGUUAAAUAAAAAUGGGACAAAGAAUACUUCUUUUGGAGAUAAAGAAAAUCAUAUACUUCUAAAUACUCUCCCCCCAAAAGUUAUCCCUUAAUAAUGGAAGAUUUUUUUCAAGGACUCGUUAAAUUUCAUAUCUUAUAGCACUCUCCAAGUUCCUUUAUUUUGAAUAAAGAUCUAUUUGGGGAAGAAAUUGCUCAGCCCCAAAUGAUCUUGAUUACUUUAAGUUCUGGGUAUUUUUUAAAAA